AUGCCUGUACCUCUCGAAUACAACACCUCUCUUAGACGUAUGAGCACGCUCACGAUCCCUAAACAGGACAUCAACUUUGAUACCUACGACUUUCAACGCUGCACACCACAAAAUGAUAUUAAGGAUGCUUUCGAAUCAAAGGACCUUGAAGCCUCCUAUUGUCGUGACUUUGUCUGCUGCGGUCUCGUCCUAAAUGAUCUCCAUGAUUUGCUACAACACUAUGAAGAAUGUCAUGUUCAUCUUGAAGAAGAAGAUAACUUUGACAGUGAAAGUGAUUGUUGGUCUCCUAUUGAAGAAAAGACAGAGUACAUUGACAUGCUCAAGAAGAAGGCAGUAACUUACCUGUCAGACGAAAAUGAGGACGACACAAGGAAAUCAUGUGGAAAGAAGAGAUCGUAUAGUCAGAUGACAUGUGCCAACAGUGCACUCGAAAUCCUUACACAAUCUGCUGCCAAAAAGUUAGCAUUGGCUGGUGGUAACAGUGUUGAAUCCUUGAUGACAGAUGAAGAAUUUCUUGCACAAGCAGGUGCUAUUUUGGCAUGCGCUAAUGCUAAUUUGAAUGCGGAUAAACCUUACAAGUGUCCAGUCAGUGGCUGUGAUAAAGCAUACAAAAAUCCAAACGGUCUCAAAUAUCAUAACCAACAUGGCCAUUGUAAUCUGAUCAAUGAUGACAGUGAAAGCCUUGCUUCUAAGCCAUACCAAUGUACAAUUGGCGAUUGUGGUAAACGUUAUAAAAAUCUCAACGGUUUAAAGUAUCACAUCGAACACUCACACAUGGCUGCUCUCAAUCAAACUCUGGCCUCCUUUGGCAAUUCCUUAUUUUCUUUACCAUCAUCGUCCACCUCACCUUCAUCAUCAUCAUCAUCAUCACCAUCAUCUGCUUCUUCCUCUACAUCCUCUUCACCUAUGUUAGGCGCUGCACCCAUCACAUUCAGUCUCGAUAACCCAAGUAUUUUCCCUUUGAUCUAAAAGGACUUUAUGUGUAAUUCGCAUCCCUUUCCCUUGUAAAGCAUAUUCCAUUUACUUUAUCUGACCCUUCUCUAUUUGUUAUUUAUUCUUAUAUAUUAUAUAUACACAGUCAUUCCACUCCCAGUUUGUGGAUUUGAUCAAAAAAGUUCGCUACCCAAAAUUUAAUGAAAACUGAAAAUAAAAUAGAACCGAAAUAGGAUUCUACGUGCAGCC